AUGUGCGGCCCGGAUACUUGCACUAAGCCUCGAGGUGGCGCGCUCGCCGUCCUCAAUCAACCAUUCUGCCAGCCAAGUCCGCCAACAUCACUUUGCAGACUCCGAGGCGACCUAUCCUUUCACACGCCGGGCAAGCCGAGCAGUCCGUUUGCCACACAUGCGAGGAUCACCAGCGGAGGGGACCAUGACUUGCCCACGUUGUCGGACGUUGUCGUCGUCAUUCACAAGUCUGGCGAUCUGUCGAAAAGACCCGAAGACUGUGGCCUCUUCCACCAACUGGCGUUUUCCAAUGCAUCCGUACUCGAAGACGGCUCAACUUUGGAGCUUGCCCUCAAUGAGCCGAUCUCAUUACAAGUUGGAGAUGACGGGAUCAUCGGACGAAGAGUCUCGGUAUUCCCAAAGGCCGAAAUGGAGAACGCAGUGGCAGAGGGAAUCGUCGGUUUCAAUUUUGUGAAUUCUUUGUGA